AUGUCUCAGCCAAACAAGCACUGUCUUCCUCAAUGUCUCAGCCAAACAAGCACUGUCUUCCUCAAUGUCUCAGCCAAACAAGCACUGCCUCCUCAAUGUCUCAGUGAAACAAGCACAGUCUUCCUCAAUGUCUCAGCCAAACAAGCACAUGUCUUCCUCAAUGUCUCAGCCAAACAAGCACUGUCUUCCUCAAUGUCCAGCCAAACAAGCACUGUCUCUCCUCAUUGUCUCAGCCAAAAGCACUGUCUUCCUCAAUGUCUCAGCCAAACAAGCACAGUCUUCCUCAAUGUCUCAGCCAAACAAGCACAGUCUUCCUCAUGUCUCAGCCAAACAAGCACUGUCUUCCUCAAUGUCUCAGCCAAACAAGCACAGUCUUCCUCAAUGUCUCAGCUAAACAAGCACUGUCUUCCUCAAUGUCUCAGCCAAACAAGCACUGUCUUCCCCAAUGUCUUCAGCCAAACAAGCACUGUCUUCCUCAAUGUCUCAGCCAAACAAGCACAGUCUUCCUCAAUGUCUCAGCCAAACAAGCACAGUCUUCCUCAAUGUCUCAGCCAAACAAGCACUGUCUUCUCAAUGUCUCAGCCAAACAAGCACAGUCUUCCUCAAUGUCUCAGCCAAACAAGCACUGUCUUCCCUCAAUGUCUCAGCCAAACAAGCACUGUCUUCCUCAAUGUCUCAGCCAAACAAGCACUGUCUUCCUCAAUGUCUCAGCCAAACAAGCACAGUCUUCUCAAUGUCUCAGCCAAACAAGCACUGUCUUCCUCAAUGUCUCAGCCAAACAAGCACUGUCUUCCUCAAUGUCUCAGCCAAACAAGCACUGUCUUCUCCAUGUCUCAGCCAAACAAGCACUGUCUUCCUCAAUGUCUCAGCCAAACAAGCACUGUCUUCCUCAAUGUCUCAGCCAAACAAGCACAGUCUUCAAUGUCUCAGCCAAACAAGCACUGUCUUCCUCAAUGUCUCAGCCAAACAAGCACUGUCUUCCUCAAUGUCUCAGCCAAACAAGCACAGUCUUCUCCUCAAUGUCUCAGCCAAACAAGCACAGUCUUCCUCAAUGUCUCAGCCAAACAAGCACUGUCUUCCUCAAUGUCUCAGCCAAACAAGCACAGUCUUUCCCUCAAUGUCUCAGCCAAACAAGCACUGUCUUCCUCAAUGUCUCAGCCAAACAAGCACAGUCUUCCUCAAUGUCUCAGCCAAACAAGCACAGUCUUCCUCAAUGUCUCAGCCAAACAAGCACAGUCUUCCUCAAUGUCUCAGCCAAACAAGCACAGUCUUCCUCAAUGUCUCAGCCAAACAAGCACAGUCUUCCUCAAUGUCUCAGCCAAACAAGCACAGUCUUCCUCAAUGUCUCAGCCAAACAAGCACAGUCUUCCUCAAUGUCUCAGCCAAACAAGCACAGUCUUCCUCAAUGUCUCAGCCAAACAAGCACAGUCCUCCUCAAUGUCUCAGCCAAACAAGCACAGUCUUCUCAAUGUCUCAGCCAAACAAGCACAGUUCUUCCUCAAUGUCUCAGCCAAACAAGCACUGUCUUCCUCAAUGUCUCAGCCAAACAAGCACAGUCUUCCUCAAUGUCUCAGCCAAACAAGCACAGCCUCAAUGUCUCAGCCAAACAAGCACAGUCUUUCUCAAUGUCUCAGCCAAAAAGCACAGUCUUCCUCAAUGUCUCAGCCAAACAAGCACAGUCUUUCCUCAAUGUCUCAGCCAAACAAGCACUGUCUUCCUCAAUGUCUCAGCCAAACAAGCACAGUCUUCCUCAAUGUCUCAGCCAAACAAGCACAGUCUUCCUCAAUGUCUCAGCCAAACAAGCACUGUCUUCCUCAAUGUCUCAGCCAAACAAGCACAGUCUUCCUCAAUGUCUCACCAAACAGCACUGUCUUCCUCAAUGUCUCAGCCAAACAAGCACAGUCUUCCUCAAUGUCUCAGCCAAACAAGCACAGUCUUCCUCAAUGUCUCAGCCAAACAAGCACUGUCUUCCUCAAUGUCUCAGCCAAACAAGCACAGUCUUCCUCAAUGUCUCAGCCAAACAAGCACAGUCUUCAAUGUCUACUCAAACAAACCACUGUCUUCUCAAUGUCUCAGCCAAACAAGCACUUGUCUUCCUCCAUGUCUCAGUAA